CCUUGCUUCUGGACAGAACAAUUCCACAAGAAGUCAGAGACACUGAGGCAAGCAAUCGGCGAUCUCCGAAGAGAGGAGAAGCACGCCAUGGUGGUGAAAGUGAAUUGAGGGAUCGGCAGGAAAGCCUCCUGAAAGAUUGGUGGCUUUUAUCCCUUGACCUUUAAUCUCCUGUGUAAAGAAGUAAAAGAACUUAAGGUCAUCCAUCCAGUCUGACUUGGAAUUACGGUACCAUGAAGAUCUCUGAAGGAGCGCUGGACUUGGGCACCACGGAUUACGCGGUGGCCCUGGACCCGAGCUACACCAUGCUGGAGUUUGACAGCCUCAGAGUUCUCCCAGUGGACACAGAGCCGCUGAAGCCCGAGCCGUCCCCUGUAGCCACAGCAGGGCUGCCCCAAUCCGCCGUGAUGCUGUGCUCCAUCUGCGCAGAUAAAGCCACUGGGAAACACUACGGUGCGUCCAGCUGCGACGGCUGCAAGGGCUUCUUCAGGCGGAGUGUGCGCAAGAACCACGCCUACACAUGCAGGUUCAGUAGGCAGUGUGUGGUGGACAAGGACAAGAGGAAUCAGUGUCGAUACUGCAGACUACGGAAAUGCUUCAGGGCUGGCAUGAGGAAAGAAGCUGUACAGAACGAGCGAGACAGGAUCAGCUGCCGUAGAGAAUCUCAAGGGGUCGGGACUCUGACCAUCAGCAUCCUACUGAAAGCAGAAGAGAGCACACAUCAGUUCUCCGGUCUGACUCCACCAAUGACGGAAGUUAUCACGAAGAAGAUUGCUAGCCCACCCGACGUUUGCGAAUCCAUAAAACAGCAGCUCCUCCUCCUGGUGGAAUGGGCGAAACGUAUCCCAGAGUUCUGUGAGCUGCCAGUGGACGACAGGGUCAACUUGUUACGAGCUCACUCUGCUGAGCACCUCAUCCUGGGCGUGGCUCGUCGUUCGCUACCCUACAACGAUAUAAUCCUGCUAGGAAAUGACUUCAUCAUCCCUGUGAAUGGUCCAGAGCUGGAGAUGUCCAAAGUGGCAGCACGUGUCUUAGAAGAGCUGGUCAGGCCUCUGAGAGAGCUGGACAUAACGGACACAGAGUUCGCCUGUCUCAGAGCCAUCGUCUUCUUCGCUCCAGACUGCCCAGGGCUGGAGUGUGCUCAGAUGGUGCGCAGACUGCGUUUCCAGGCCCACGUGUUGCUGGACGAGGCGACAUGCGAGCAGCGCGGCCGGUUUGGGGAGCUGCUGCUGCUGCUGCCUCCACUGCAGAGCACCGCCUGGCACAUGGUGGAGCAGCUCCAGCUCGCCCGGCUGUUAGGAGAAGCCAGCGUGGACAGCCUGCUGCAGGAGAUGCUGCUCGGAGAGUCAGCCACAGGCUCAAACCCAGAAGUGCUCGGUUUUAGCUCUCCUGCUGACCCGGUUCUGCCGCGGAAUCUACAACCGGAACAUGUGGCAUUGCCAAACUUCACCUCCGUCAUCCUCCCAGUACCGUCCUCUCUAGCUGGAGUUCCUCUGCUCGCCGUACAGCCAGGAGCUCAGCUCUACACACACGCACCAGCUACAGAAAUGACACUGGAGAUAGACAGCUGUCUCACCAAGCCUGCAGUCCACACAUGUCUCUGAGCAGACAGACAGACACACACACACACACACACACACACUCACACACACACUUCAUAACGCCGUCUUAUCCAGUCCUCCUCACAUACACACUCACACUGCUAAUGUUUGCUAAUGUCCAUGUGUAAUAUGAUGAAUCUUAGUGCUUUACGUUCCCUCGUCAUUUUUGAUAAAUACCUAUUAACACACAUUUUUUUCUGAUACCAUUAAUCAUGUGAGAAACAUAGUGUGAAGGAAACAUGAACUGAUUUUGUUUGUCACAAACAAAACUUGGAGGUUAAAUAAAUUAUCACCAGCAGGGGGCGGUGAAAUUUCUCAAAGCUCAGAGAAGACACAAAGUAGCCAACAACGUAUUCAAAUCUCAUGCAGCUCAUUGGAGGACGUUGUGACAUCAUUUUUUAUCACUCUUCUUAAAAUUUCAUUUUUUUAGGUUUAGAUAGAUUGGAAUAAUUAUCCGGUCGCAUGUUACUGGAUAAACGAUGCCCCAAAAAAUGUAGAUUAUAUCGAUUAAUCAUGUGAGAAAAUUUGUGUGAAGGAAAUUUGAUCUGAUUUCGCUUAUCACAUGGUGAAGAGUGUGGAGAUAAAUAAAUAAAUCAUCGCCAGCAGAGGGAGCUGAUGGACCUGAACAGUUAUGCCUACAUCUUCUGAAUUAGCAAACGAGCUGCAUGUGACACCAUUGAGACGUAAUUUAGACAUAAUUUGCGUAACUGUUAGGAAAUCACUGUGGCAUAAGAGGAAUAAAGCACGUCAGGAUGCAUGCUGUUAUAAGAAAUUAACAACGACAGGGUGGUAUGAUGAAGCAGAGUCACUUUACACCACAGUUGAUUAAUUUCCCAUAACAGCACAUCCCAAAGUGUUUUCUUCUUCUUAUACCACAGCAGUUUACCAACAAUUACGCAAAAUGCACAAUUUAUGUCACAGGUUUACGCAUGUUUAUCAGGUUUAUACUUUACAGAGCACAUUUCUUGUUUUUUGCCGUCAUUUCUACCGUCACAUGUUCAGUUUAUAAUCAGAUCGGUUGCUUUAUCGUCCUUAAAUUGAAUCCAAAUCCAAUAAUUUUGUGCAUGAUGAGUUCUCUCUAUUCCUGACUUUCUAAUGUAGGGAAUAGGGAUAUGGGAACACUUCACCUUUAUAUCGUCUGUAUUUUUCUGUCAGGACACUUCAAUAGGCAUUAUACUGUAUAUACACAUACAUGCGCAUACACCCGUACUGUAAUUAUUACAUUUUAGUUGUUGAAUAAAGUUGAAAAGUCUGUUUACA